AUGACAAAAGUUGACGACAAGAAAAGGAAGCCGAGUCUAGUCGCAGACCGAACAAAGAGCGACAAAGCAGAUAUCGAAUCUACGAAAAAGGACAGCCCAACUAAGGAAGCGCGAGAUCGUCAAGUAGAGAAGGAGAAGCCCAAAAAGACGAACUCGACUGAGGAGCCUGCGAAAAUCAAAAAAGCAGAGGAGAAACCUAUUCCUAUUGAAGUUGUAGUAAAGCAAGCGGAAUUGGGAAAGAUAGAUCCGUUUGAGGAUCGACCAAAGAUCCCGAGAACUAAAGACGAGUCAAGGAGGGACUCGCUGACAAAGGACAAGAACAAAGAUCCCAUGGUCGGCAAAAGCGAGAAAAUUUCUGUAGAAAAAGCCAAUGAAAAUAGUUCGUCAAAAGCAGCUGGAAAGGCUGACGCGAAUUCUGUGAGGCGAAAAACCUUGGAAAAAGUUAGCGGAAUACCUCCGACUCAAAAAGGAGCAAUGGACAAGAGCAGCCCGCUCGAGAAGAAACAAUUCAGUGCAUUUGCUGAGGAAAGGAAAGCGAAAAUGCGAGGGGACAAACCGGCUGAGGGGUCACCUCAGAGAAAAGGCUAUGGACAUGUGGGAAAAAAGCAAAAGCAUGAUUCUUUUUCGGACGAGGAUAAGGGCGGUGCUAGCGAAAAACCUCAGCCCAGAUCAGAUGCCCAGCGAAAUGCUAAGCGAGACCAAAGCCCAGAAGCAAACCUUACAGCUCAUGUCGAAGUGAUUCGCGAGAGAAGAAUGUCGCUUCCGCGAACAAUCACCACGGAUCCGGCUGCAGAUGUGGAAAUCGUGAUCGGUGACGAUGGAAAACCCGUGUUUCAACCAACGAUGACACCAAAAGCCGACGAAAUCUUGCGUGAGCUCACAAAACUCGUCGUGGAAGAUGAAACUGGCAAAGGGCGAGUGCCCAAGCUUAUACCCUCGUAA